AUGCGCAACUUACCCGCCCUCCUCCUCCUCCUAUCUUUAGCUCUCGCCUUAGCUCGCACGCAAGGAACGAACCCUCCUCUAGGCCCUUCCAUUCCCCCUCCUGCCGGUCGAGUCCUCCUCUCUCGCGGCGCUGAUCUCGAACCCUACGAUUUCCCCCCAUCCCCCUUACCCCCCUCUCAGCAACCAAUCCUCGGUCCAGACGGAUUCUGGACCAAAUCCUCACUCGAAUCCCACUACGCUAACACCUUACACCUCCGCUACCACCCUCGCCUAUACCCUAAGCCGCCCCCCUUCGAAGUCUGGUUCAAGGAACAGCAGCUUAUCCGCGCAAUCAACACUCUAUCCCAUGCUAUCGAUCUCGAUCUCCACCGACCCUAUGUUACACUCGAAGAUCUGCUCGAACAUGAAAUGCAAUUCGCGGAGCUAAAUAUCCUGUUGAGGAUGACGCAGAUCGCAACGGCCAUAAGGUAUGCGAAUGUGAAUGACGAGUGGAGAAAGUGGGAGGAAGAUAUGCUUAGGCAUUGGGCGGGUUUCUUGGAGGUUGGUAAGGGCAUGAAGGCGGAUGGGGAGAACGAGAGGUGGCAGAGACAUUUGGAAUGGAUAAAGCAGCUUGAGAAGAAAAGAAAUGAGGAGUCGAGGAAGGAGGAGGAGUUCGAGCAGCAGCUUGUGAGAGAGCAGGGAAAGGGAAAACUGGUAAUGGAAGGGACAGGAGAAGGCGAUCAUAGGUGGAACGAGAUUCCGUUAGAGAGAGGUUCUCUGCAGAGUAGCACGCCGAAGCGAUGGAAAGAGAUACAGAUCGGAAAAGAUGACUUACAGGGUAGCACGUCGAGGAGAGGGUCGGACGUGCACUUUGGGGAAGGAACUAGACAUGAUGCAGUCAGAAAGUUGAUGGAGAAGGCAGAAAAAGGCGAGGAGAAGAUGCUGGAGGGGAUUAAUGAGGCGGUUGCUAGAGGUCUCCAUUUUUGA